ACUGUGCGAGCGGCGCUGUUCGCUACACCGCCGCUACUUGUCACUCUGCAGUUACACGUCAACCGAUCAUCGCGUUCCCAGUCUUAUCUUGUAUGAGUGCGUACAGAAUCUCUUGACAAAGACGUCACCGAUCAACCGUUCCGAAACACGGCUUCGGAAUUGCCGAAAAUUCACAGUUUGUGAAACCAUUGUCGCGCACGUUUCGCCUGGCAGCGCAUCAGGGCUCGAUCUUCCGACGUGCCUCGGAUAUUAACAGGGUUAUCCUGAGGUGUUUUGUAGUGCCGGUUGCCGGUUGACGGGGUACAAGCGAAAAAGAGAGACAGAUCUUAUUAGAAGAAAUGAAAGACACAGCGAAUAAGAAAUACGAACAACUAUUCGACGAUAAUGAACUCGAUGUCACCGCGGAUAAGGGAAUCAACGAGAAUGCAGUACUGAAAGAGGGUCCUAAGGAUCAAAGCCCAGAAAUGUGGUUAACAACAGCUGAGGCAGCUAGUCUUGGCACUGAGGAAGUGGCAGCAAGGUUGCAUGUUGAUGUAAGGACAGGAUUGUGGUGGCAGGAAGCUGACCACAGAAAACAGUUAGUUGGUUUCAAUGAAUUUUGCGUGAAAGAAGAAGAACCAACAUGGAAAAAAUAUGUUGAGCAGUUCAAGAAUCCUUUAAUUUUGUUACUACUUGGUUCUGCUUUUGUUAGUGUAUGUAUGAGACAGUUUGAUGAUGCUGUCAGUAUUACAGUGGCUAUCAUAAUAGUAGUGACUGUUGCAUUUGUACAAGAAUAUCGUUCUGAAAAAUCCUUAGAAGAAUUAAACAAAUUGGUGCCACCAACAUGUCACUGCUUACGAGAGGGCCGUUUAGAAACAUUUCUCGCUCGCAAUUUAGUUCCUGGCGAUAUAGUUUAUUUAAAUAUUGGAGACAGAGUACCUGCAGAUAUCAGGAUAUUCGAAGCAAUAGAUUUAGCAAUCGAUGAGAGCAGUUUUACAGGAGAAACUGAACCAGCACAAAAGUCCACUGCGCCAUUACUUAAGACUAAUGGGUUGACAACAAAGAAGAAUAUUGCGUUUAUGGGCACAUUGGUGCGCUGUGGAAAUGGAAAAGGAAUAGUUGUUAAUACGGGUGAGAAGAGUGAAUUUGGAGAAGUUUUUUCAAUGAUGCAAGCAGAAGAAGCUCCAAAGACACCUCUUCAAAGAAGCAUGGAUAUUUUGGGCACUCAGUUAUCCUUUUACUCGUUCUGUAUUAUUGGUAUCAUUAUGCUUCUUGGCUGGAUCCAGGGCAAAGCUAUACUUGAAAUGUUUACUAUCAGCGUCAGUUUGGCAGUAGCAGCUAUACCUGAAGGUUUACCUAUUGUUGUAACUGUGACUUUAGCUUUGGGUGUUAUGAGGAUGGCUAAAAGAAAGGUCAUUGUCAAGAAGUUACCAACAGUUGAGACACUCGGUUGCGUGAAUGUGAUAUGUUCCGAUAAAACUGGUACUAUUACGAAGAACGAAAUGACUGCAACGAUCUUGGUAACUUCGGAAGGAUACAUAGCUGAUAUUACCGGGGCUGGGUACGACGAUAAGGGGGAAGUGCGAAUUCGAAAAUGCGACAAUUACGACCUCGCUCGCGCUGCAAUCAGCAAUAUGUUAGAAGUAGGAUGUAUCUGUAACAAUGCUAUAAUACAGAACGAUACUCUGCUCGGUCAACCAACGGAAGGUGCAUUGAUAGCGUUAGCCAUGAAAUAUGGAAUGUACGGAGUAGCAGAUAAAUAUUUACGGUUGCAAGAGUAUCCUUUCUCUUCGGAACAAAAAAUGAUGGCUGUGAAAUGUACACCGAAGUACGGAGAGAAUAGGCAAGAAAUAUAUUUUGUAAAAGGUGCUCUAGAGAAGAUCUUGCCUCAGUGUACCAAAUACUCAGCUAAUGGUCAAGUAUAUUCUCUUAAUCAGAAGAAAGAUGAGGAGUUUCUAACAGAAGCCUACGAGAUUGGUCAACAAGGAUUAAGAGUAAUUGGCUUAGCACGUGGUACAUCCUUACAAGAUCUCGUGUAUGUUGGUCUGGUGGGUAUAUGUGAUCCUCCCAGACCACAUGUUCGUGAGUCGAUAACAACUCUUCUUAACAGUGGAGUCAAAGUUAAGAUGGUUACAGGCGACGCCAAAGAGACCGCAUGUGCAAUAGCAAGUAUGAUUGGAUUAGAUGUACUUCAUUCGCGAUUAAUGUCUGGAGAUGAGAUUGAGUUGAUGUCGGACCACCAAUUAGAGCAAUGUAUUAAUAAUGUUAGCGUGUUCUAUCGGGUCACGCCUAGGCACAAAUUAUGCAUCGUGAAAGCCUUGCAGAGGGAAGGUAAUAUAGUGGGCAUGACGGGUGAUGGUGUGAAUGAUGGAGUUGCUUUGAAGAAGGCUGAUAUAGGCAUAGCGAUGGGUAAGAAUGGUACCGACGUGUGCAAAGAAGCCGCGGACAUGAUUCUAUUGGACGACGAUUUUGGAACAAUUAUUGAUGCAAUUGAAGAGGGCAAAGGUAUUUUUCACAACAUAAGGAAUUUCGUAAGAUUUCAAUUAAGUACUAGCAUAGCCGCUCUUUCUUUGAUUGCUCUUGCCACUCUGAUGGGUAUACCGAAUCCUUUAAAUGCAAUGCAAAUUCUUUGGAUUAAUAUCAUUAUGGAUGGUCCACCUGCUCAAAGUCUGGGAGUUGAACCAGUUGACAAGGAUGUUCUGAAACAAAAGCCACGUAACACGAAGGAACCAAUGAUUACUCGACAUCUCAUUAUCAAUGUACUAUUGUCAGCCACUAUUAUCAUUCUUGGUACUCUGUGGGUAUAUAACAGAGAGAUGGUAAACGGAAACACUGCAAGGGAUACAACCAUGACAUUCACCUGCUUCGUUUUCUUUGAUAUGUUUAAUGCCCUGAGUUGCAGGUCACAGACGAAAUCAAUAUUCACUAUCGGUUUAUGGAGUAAUAAGAUGUUUUUGGUAGCUGUAACGUUAUCGGUAAUAGGCCAGAUGUUAGUGAUCUAUUUUCCCCCAUUACAACGAGUUUUUCAAACUGAGGCUCUCACGGCAAAGGAUAUCUUGUUCCUCGUCGCGUUAACAUCGAGCGUGUUCGUAAUUAGCGAGAUAAAGAAAUUUAUAGAGAGACAACUGUACAGACGACGAACAGGUACACAAUAUUACAAUAAGUCAGAGAUGGAUUUUGUAUGACAGUUACAGUCUGCCGAAGACAAGGCGGACAAGGAUCAUUUGGAAUAAACGCCCACCGAACAUCGUACGGGUAGUAGUCGUUCGUUAAUCAA